AUGGGAGCAUUACCUGGAGAACCACAUCCCCUCAACGACACCGAAGUUGAUGACUGGCUUCCAUGCUUUGUAGUUCUUCAGAGAUCAUGUAUCUAUUUGUUUUAUCGUCCAUUGGCACUUAAUGUAAAAAAUCGAACCGUGGAACCAUCAGCCACGACAACAAAGGACGAUGCUAAAAUUCAACAUAGGGGUAAUCUGAAUCCAACUACAACAAGUAAACCUUCUGGAAAGCAUACUAAGCAGGGAUGUCAAGGGUCAGAUCUGCCUAAGGAAGAAUACAUACGCGUUCGACUACGUAGUGGCCAGGCAACAAAUAACCACAGUCUUGCAGAAAGACUAAGGAGGGACAAGAUUAGUGAAAGGAUGAAAUUUCUUCAGGAUCUUGUGCCUGGUUACAGCAAGAUUAUGGGAAAAGCAGUAAUGCUGGAUGAAAUCAUCAAUUAUGUGCAAUCACUACAACGACAGGUUGAGCUAAGGAGGGAGAAGAUUAGUGAAAGGAUGAAAUUUCUUCAGGAUCUUGGGCCUGGUUGCAGCAAGAUUAUGGGAAAAGCAGUAAUGCUGGAUGAAAUCAUCAAUUAUAUGCAAUCACUGCAACGACAGGUUGAGUUCCUCUCAAUGAAGCUUGCAACAGUAAAUCCACGGCUGAACUUCAGUAUCGAAGGGCUCCUUACCAAAGAUGUAAGAAAAUGUACACCCAUCCAGGCACCAAUUUAUGAUUGA